GGCCGCGGGCGAGGGCGGAAGGGCCCUCCUGGCGGGCGGGCGAGCUGAGUGCGGCCUGCCCCGCACGGGUACCGCGAAGCCUGGGCCUUGGGGAUCUGGCGUCCCGGCAGCCGUCACGACCAACCCGCGGGGCUGCAGUCCGGCCGGUGGCCCGCAGCUUCUCUCUCAGGAACGACACAUUCUAAUAUAGGAGCUGGUGACAAGAAGGUGACUUGGGAGCCUGAACUUCUGAGGAUGGACAUCUGCAUAAGACAAUGUCAGAAACACUCAAAGUGACGGAGCCCCCAACUCCUGAGUCCCGGGGGGUCUCUGAGCCCAGGUCAGGGGGGCUGUUGGGAUGCCUGGAGGGCCAGAGCCAGCAGAGCUCCCUGUCUCGGGAGGGAGGCUUCAAGCAGGUGACGGUCACCCACUGGAAGAUCCAGACAGGAGAGGCCGCCCAGGAGCCGGGCGCGCGGGGAGCAAGGCCGGCUCUGAGCUCGAAGCUGCUCCUACUUCAGAGGGAGCUCGUGGGCGGGGAAGCCGGCCCGCGUGACGCUUGCGACAGGGGCCCCGCGUUGCAUUCGGACCUGGUGACACAGCAGCGUUCCCAUGGCGGGGAGGAGUGCGCGCAGUGCGGGAAGGCGUUCUGGCACAGCUCGGACCUGGCGCGGCACCAGCGCGUGCACACCCGGGAGCGGCCUUUCGAGUGCAAGGAGUGCGGCAAGGGCUUCGGCCAGAGCUCCUUGCUCAUCCGGCACCAGCGCAUCCACACCGGCGAGCGGCCGUACGAGUGCAGCGCCUGCGGCAAGGCCUUCAUCCGCAGCUCCAGCCUCACGCGCCACUACCAGGUGCACACGGAGCUGAGGCAGUACGAGUGCCAGGAGUGCGGCAAGGCCUUCCGCCACCGCUCCGACCUCAUCGAGCACCAGCGCAUCCACACCGGCGAGCGGCCCUUCGAGUGCGCCGAGUGCGGCAAGGCCUUCAUCCGCAGCUCCAAGCUCAUCCAGCACCAGCGCAUCCACACCGGCGAGCGGCCUUACGUCUGCGGCGAGUGCGGCAAGCGCUUCAGCCAGACGUCAAACUUCACGCAGCACCAGCGCAUCCACACCGGGGAGAAGCUGUACGAGUGCGCCGAGUGCGGCAAGGCCUUCUUCCUGAGCUCGUACCUCAUCCGGCACCAGAAAAUUCACACCGGAGAGAGAGUGUACGAGUGCAAGGAGUGCGGGAAGGCGUUUCUCCAGAAAGCCCACCUGACGGAGCACCAGAAGAUCCACACCGGCCACAGGCCCUUCGAGUGCAAGGACUGCGGGAAGGCCUUCAUCCAGAGCUCCAAGCUGCUCCUGCACCAGGUCGUGCACACCGGGGAGAAGCCCUACGUGUGCGGGCACUGCGGGAAGGGCUUCAUCCAGAGGUCAAACUUCCUCCAACACCAGAAAAUUCACAGCGAGGAGAAACUCUAUGACUGUGGUCAGUACGGGCGGGACUUCAGCUCGAGCCCCGACUUGAGAAGCGACGAGGGCGUCCACCAGGGGGCGCUGUGCUUGAGUCCGGCCCCCGGACAUUCCGGGGAGAAGUCCGCAGGCCAGGGGGAGCGUCCAGACAGCUCGUAAAAAAACAAUUAUUCUCCAACUCAACGAGUGACGUAUGGGAGGGCGUGGCGUGAGCCCUAAUUCGUGUGACGUUGGACAUGCCAGCAUUUCCCAAGGUCACGGAUGGGGCUGCUGCAGCCACGCGCGGGCUGCCACCUACCGCUUUGCACCUAGGAAUGGACAGCGGACUCGGAGCUGGAAUAGUUGGGGGCAGGAUGAAUUGCACAAUUGCAAUUCAUCCCUGAGUUAAAUCCCUUCGAAGGAGAACGGGGUAUCUAAUCCUAUUACUUAAAAGAGAAUUACGUAGCGAAUUUCGCCCUAUCAGAAAGGCAAAUGGAAGAAAGAUUCUUUCCUUCUGAAAACCACAGGUGGGUUCCCUGUGGUCCGUAGGGUACAUCCUGAGCUCCUGCUCCUGCGUCCUAAGGCCUUUUGCUUCCCGGAGCCUUGUGUCCCGCCGCUCGACUCCCUGCCACACGGCACCAAAGCAACACUAACUGACGUUCCCACGUGACCACGCCGUCCCUGCCGCCAGGCCUUUGUCUUGUCCGAGUGCUCUCCCCUCCUCUCCGCUCAGCUCUGCAGCCUGAGUCAUACCCGGUCUCAGCGUCACGUCCCCCUCCCCCAUGCCGGUCACGCAGUUCUCACCUCUGGCACUGCACUUACUUUUCGAUACAUCAGAAUUAUGUUCUUAUAUAUUAUCAUUAUUACACCUUUAAUUCCUGAAGGACAGCGGUCCUAUCUGAUUGGUGCGUCCCAGGCAUCUAGUGCAGAACAAAAUGCACACCCCGAGCCCAUGUGUGACUGCCACCUCGCCUGUCCUUCCUGUACUGCUGUUUUUCAAACUUGGAUUCUGCUGUUUUGUAAAGUACAAUCUACCGGUCUGCUGGAAAUGCCUCCUCUCGCAGCCCUGUCGAUGCCUCCUGCUCGUACUUAGGCCACACAUAGCGGGCGAUGGCCAGUGUGAGGCCAGCGCCCGCGUACAUGCGACCUGUGACCGUGCACUUGCUUUGGGGAGGGUGGCCUUCACUCAGCUGUCCGUGUGUCUCUGGUUCGCCCAGUGGGCGCACAGUCCCAGUGCACAACACGACUUUUCUGUCUUAGCUCCGUGAAUUGGACUCGACACUUCCUGUCACUCUCUGCUCUCUGGCUCAUUUUGUCAUUUACUUGAAAACGUGCUGCUCUGUAAAGACUAGUGUCGAGGACUGGGGGACAGAGAUGAGGAAGACCCCAUCGUCCUGAGGUCAUUCCAAGUCUGACAGGGAGACAGAUGACGGCACACCGAGCGGCACGUCGAAGUCGCAGCACGCCCCGGGUGAGGAGCUGAUGGACGCAGCCUGGGGGGACCGGGACGGCUUCGCAGAGGAGGCGGCACCGAGCUGGUCUACAAAGUAGACACGCGACAGCGAGAGGAGAGCUGGGAGGGCGUCUGCAGGACGGUGGGCGCUGCGGCCGGCGGAGCCAGGCGGGCGCCGGGUCUCCUCGCGCAGUGGGCAGCUGUCCAUCAGGACGCUCAGUGUCGCCUCUGAAGUCUUUUCUCUGAAAAUUAACCCAAACACCCAGUUUUUAAAUUAUGUCAAUUUUUUUGCCCAUGAAGACAUUAAAUUUAGAGUUCUUAAGAAAUUCCGGCAAGCCUAGAAGCCGUGAGGGGGUAAUUCAAAAAGGACAUGGAGUGUCCUGUCUGGAGCGCUCACCGCACAAAGUGGUGUGGCCGCAGGUGGCACCAGGCCACAGCUACCUCUGUCGAGGUCCAGUUUCUUCUCUACAGUAAACACCUAUUUUAAACGUGCAGAGUCCUAACAAAUCUAUACAUCAGUGUAACCACCAUCAGAGUCAAGAAAAUAACAUUUCUGUCACCCCAAAACGUUCUCUUUUGCCCUUUUGCAGUUAAUCCCACCCCAGCCCCAAGUAACCCCUCCCUGUGGGUUUAGAUUAGGUUUGCUUGUUCUAGGACUUCAUAGACAUGGAUGCGUAACACGUAGCCUUGUGUGUCUUACUUUUCACUUCGGCAUGUUUCAGAGAUUCAGCCAAGUGUAGUUACCUGUCGCAGUAGCUCUGCCGAGUCGUGCGCCACUGUGUGGAUGAACCAGCGCACGAUGAGACUCGUCUGUUGAUAGAAAUUUGAGUUUCCGGUUUUGGCUCAUGAAUAAAACUGCUACGAGCAUUUGUGUAAAAGUG